CUCUCUCUCUCUCGCUCACAUAAUUGUGAAGAAUUCCGCCCCAAGCUCCUCCGCCUUACUCCGCCCACUCGCCGCCGCCGCCGCCGCCGCCUACCUCGCCCGCGAUGCAAGGCGUCCAGCGCCGCCGCUGCUCGAACGAGGCAGCGGGGCUCGACCUGUCGGCCGCCACGGCCACGGCCACCACCACCUCCUCGGCCUCCGCCUCCGCCUCCACGGCGUCCCUGUCCAUCGACGAGGCGGAGCCGGCGGAGGCCCGGAUCCAGCGCCUGAUAUCGGAGCACCCGGUGAUCAUCUUCAGCCGGUCGUCCUGCUGCAUGUGCCACGUCAUGAAGAAGCUCCUGGGCACCAUCGGGGUCCACCCCACCGUCAUCGAGCUCGACGACGACGAGAUCUGCUCCCUCGGCGACGGCGCCUCCACCCCUUCCGCCUUCAUCGGCGGCUCCCCCGUGGGUGGCCUCGACUCCCUCUUCGCCCUCCACCUCUCCGGCCGCCUCAUCCCCAUGCUCGUCGCCGUCGGCGCCCUCUACAACCACCCCAUCCCCUCCUGAACCCCCGGCGGGGUUCUCCACCCGUCAAGUAGCUAAUCUAGCUCCCUCAGCUCAUCACCACCUCUCCCCUUGAUUUCCCAUCUCUUCUUGUACUGUAAUUGCACAAAAGCCAAAAAAAUUAGCUCAAUAAUCUCCUCCUCCUUCUCCCUUCUCCCUUCCUCCUUUGUACUCGCUGCAGCCGAUCGACGCGUGUGCCGCGGGGGCAACAUUCACUGGUCCGGCGGGUCCGAGCCCCCCCCAUUACAAUCCGCCGGCGAAUGGCCCGAGCGAUCCCGACCGUCCGUUUUCGCUCGAGGACGGCGUGCGAAGCGCGCGCAUCCGGGAGCCACGAGACGAGGGAGGACGCCUCUUGCGUAAUGCGCAAAAAUAGCCGACCGUGCAUCAGCUCUUUAUUAGUACUCUGUUCUAUAUAGUUUUGAUAUUGGAAUGUGUCAAUUCAAUGCUAAAAAUUCGCAUCAUUAUUAUUAUUAAUCUUGCUGCCCUUUUCAUUGAAA